GUAUGCCGUUAUUGAUAGCAAUAAUCAAAACGUGUCACAAGUCCGACCAUUUCUACACGAUUUCACUCGAAUUAGUACAUUCUGUUACGUUGCUUUUGACUAUCGUGUCCGUCGUCAUUCACUGCGUUCUACACUUAAGAGUAUCUAUUUCGCUGCCGAAAAGUCUAGUAUACCGACCAAAAAUGGACCAAGUAACAAAAGUAUUGGAACCCGGCCGUCAGUUCUCCAAAGACUCGGUGAGAUUAGUGAAAAGAUGUACAAAGCCCGACAGAAAAGAAUUCCAAAAAAUCGCAAUCGCCACGGCCAUUGGAUUCUGUAUAAUGGGUUUCAUUGGUUUCUUCGUUAAGCUCAUUCACAUACCAAUCAACAAUAUCAUUGUAGGAUCAUGAAGAGGAGGGAGUGAAAUAAUUCAAUUUAUAUCUUUUCAAUGUGCAUCCUGAAAAUCUAAGAUGUGCAAUGUUAAUACAAUUUUGGUUUUUUACAUAUAUAAAUAUUAUAUAUGGUGUAUUAUAUUAUACUAUUAUAGUUUGAACAUUAAUUUUUA